AUGUCACCCAACAACGUCCCACAAAGGACACCACUCUCACAAUGGAGCGCUGCUCAACGGAAGGGUAUCAUCAUACCUAUGGUCAUGUCAUCGAUACUGAUCUUGGUUCUCGUCCUUGCCAACAUGUCAUAUCUCUUUGGAGCAACAUUUGAGCAAGGGAAGCGCACACAUGCACUCAAGAUUCUGGCCGUUGACCUGGAUGGGGGCGCCAUUGGUUCAGCAAUUGUAGGCGCAUCCAAGAGCCUCCAAGCUGCCAACUUCCCAACCAUCGAGUUUGGUUCCGCCUCGAAAUACUCAAAUCCCGCAGCGGUCAAGAACGCGGUAUGCAAAGGAGACUAUUGGGGAGCCAUCUAUAUCAACGUGGGCGCGUCUGCGAAGCUCGCCAGUGCCAUCAACGGCACCUCGACCGCAGCCUACAAUGCCGCCGACUCAGUCACAUACACCUACAACCAGGCCCGAUACCCUGCGAUCGCCGAUUCCACCAUUAACAGCAACAUUCAAAAGGUCGUCGGCGCAUCGAGGGCCUUCUACUACCAGUCGCCCAACGGCACGGCUGCCCUCCGAUCCCUGAAUACUACCAACCCGGCAGCCAUCGCCGCCUACCUGAACCCGAUCUCGUCCACCCCCGACCUCAUUGGCGCCCAGACGCAAGCGAGUCGCGUCUUCUUCAACACCGUCAACAUCAUCGUCCCCACCCUCGCCCAGUUCUUCUUCAUCUUGGCCCUGAACGGCAUCGGCAUGAGCUCCGGCCUCCUCGCCAAGAUGAGAGUCCGCGACGUCUGGCUCAUCCGCUUCACAAUUGGCAAGAUCUACGGCUUCCUCACGGCCGUCACUGUCACAGGGUAUCUCUGGGCUUUUAGGGAGAACUGGGCCGUCGGUGGCCCCGAGUUCGGCAAGACUCUCCUCGUCUUCUGGCUCUACAUGGAUGUGCAGUGGCAGGUCCUCGAGUCCCUCAUCGGAUCCUUUGUGCCCAUGCAGCUCAUCCCGUUCUUCUUCCUCACCUGGAUGCUCACCAACGUCGCGAGUAGCGUGUUCCCCUUCGAGAUCAUGGCGGGCUUCUACAGGAUCGGCUACGCCUUCCCGGCGCACGAGAUCUACUCUCUCUUGGUGCAGGCGUGGACUGGUUGCGCUGAUCAGACGCGCGUGGCCCUGCCUGUUCUCUUCUCCUGGUGGCUCGUGGGCCACGUCGGCUCUGUCUUCUCCAUCCGCAAGCGUUGCGCUGACGCCGCGGCCAUUGUUGCGGCCGGUGCUGCCGCUGCCGCUGCUGCAAAGGCGCCGGCCCAGCAAGACGACACCGUCUCUAUCCCUCCUCGCUCUGCUAGCACGGAAGCGACUUUGCAGUCCGAUGAAGAGCAAGUCAGAAACGAGAAAUGA